AUGAUCGGUGUUACUACAACGGCAAUUUACGAUUGGGCAAAUGAUCCUUCAGGAAAGCCUUCAAAUCUUGCAUUUUCACCUGGAGCUUUCACCAGUUUGCCAAAUAAAUUGAAUUUUUUGGAACGCCUGCAGAAUGUUUUGCAAAAAAAGUACAUGGAUGAGUAUUUCGGACCAGGAUAUCUGAGCAUUUAUGAAAUAUCAACGGAAUUUUCUUUGGUAUUUGUGAAUUCGCAUUAUAGUGUAAAUGGAAUAAAACCAUUUAUUCCGGGGAUUUUGGAAGCUGAUUGUUUACACGUAGAAGAUAAAAAAGAAGAUUUGGUACUGAGAAAAGAAGACGAUGAGAACAAUAAUUCAUUAACGUAA